GUUGAGGCUGAGGUAAGUUCAGUGAUUCACGAUGCUUAAUUAUGUUCUUUGGUAGGUGUUCAUUUGUGACAUUGGCAAUGUUUAUGGAUUUUGGGUUUGCAUUGUCUUUGCACUCUUGAAUUUAACCAUCAUAAUCAAUGCUCUUUUUUUCCAUACUCCAAUUCCAGCUCACAAGCGCAGUGGCCUAGCACGCAAGAAGGUUGCUGAAAUCUUUGCAAGGAUCAUACGCUUCUCAAAAAAGCUUAUGAUAAAUCUUGAAAAAUAAUGGAGAUCCAUGUUUCAGGCGGCAAAGAUUGUAACUUGUUGCAAGCUUAAUACAUGCUUGGGAAAUUUCUGGUUUAAAACUUGGAGUGAUUUUGACACUACAUUCAAUCGGAGCAAUGUUGUCUGUUCCUUCAAAAAACAUUUGGAUUCGGAGGCAACAAUGCCCUUGUGGAGAUUGGAAGUGUUAUGUUACACAUGAUGAAGUUGAUGCUGAAGAGGGUUCUGCAGCAUCAGAAUUGGUGAAUGCAGAGAAAGCUUUAUCUGGAGCUAUGAUUACCCCUUAUGUUGGAAUGGUGUUUAAGAGUGAUGAUGAUGCUUUUGAGUAUUAUGGCAAUUUUGCUAGGAAGAAUGGAUUUUCUAUUAGGAAAGAAAGGUCUAGGAUUAGCCCUCAGUUGGGCAUUUACAAACGCGACUUUGUUUGUUACCGGUCCGGUUUUGCUCCGAUGAAGAAGAAGCCCAAUGGAGAGCAUCAUAGGGAUAGAAAAUCGGUGAGGUGUGGAUGUGAUGCGAAAAUGUAUUUGUCGAAGGAGGUUGUGGAAGGGGUUUCACAAUGGUUUGUUGUGCAGUUUAGUGAUGUACACAAUCAUGAACUUUUGGAAGAUGAUCAAGUUCGCCUUCUGCCUGCGUAUCGUAAGAUUCACGAGGCGGAUCAAGAGCGUAUACUCUUGCUUUCGAAAGCCGGGUUUCCGAUACAUAGAAUUGUGAAAAUGCUUGAGCUGGAAAAGGGGAUUCAAGGUGGGCAACUUCCUUUCUUGGAAAGGGAUGUGAGGAACUUUGUUCAGAACCGUAAGAAGAUUGUUCAAGAGAAUGAGGUGUUGCUCAGUGAGAAAAGAGAAAACGAUACACUGGAACUUCUUGAGGUUUGCAAAGCCGUGAAAGAAGCGGAUGAUGGCUUUGUUUACGAUUUUACAGUGGAUGAGAAUGACAAGGUUGAAAAUAUAGGUUGGUCAUAUGGUGACUCUAUUAAUGCAAAUGCUAUGUUUGGUGAUGUAGUUUACUUUGACACUACUUAUCGAUCAAUCACUUAUGGAUUGGUUUUUGGAGUAUGGUUUGGUAUCGAUAGCUAUGGUAGAACCAUUUUUUUCGGUUGUGUCUUAUUGCAGGAUGAAACACCCCAAUCCUUCACAUGGGCAUUACAGGCUUUUAUCCGGUUCAUGAGAGGAAGAUGUCCACAAACAGUUCUAUCUGAUCUAGACCCUGGGCUUAGAGAUGCCAUUAGAAACGAAUUUCCAGCUACUAAACAAGUAAUUCCUCUGUCGAAGAUUCUAAACAAGUUGCCAAGCUGGUAUUCUUUUCCUCUUGGGCCUCGCUAUGCAGAAUUUAGAUCAGAGUUUGAUGCCUUAUUUCACAUUGAGAAUACAGAAGAAUUCGAACUUCAAUGGAGUCAAAUGGUUUCUGUGUAUGGACUUGGCUCAGAUAAACACACUGACUUACUGUAUUCUGUUCGAGCAUCCUGGGCGCAAUGCUAUGUAAGAGGCUAUUUUUUGGCCCGAAUGGCAACAAUGUCUUACUCCAAAUCUAUAGAUGCUUUUCUGAAAGGGGUCUUCACUGAACAACAUACAUGUUUGCGUAGCUUUUUUGAGCAGGUUGGUAUUUCUGCAAAUUUGCAACAUCAAUCACAUCAGGGGACUCAAUAUGUGCAUCUCAGAACUUGCAUACCCAUCGAAGAGCAUGCUCAGAGUAUUCUCACGCCUUUUGCCUUCAAUUGUUUGCAGCAAGAAUUAUUGCUGACAAUGCAAUAUGCUACAUCUGAAAUGGCCAAUGGAUCAUAUAUUAUAAGACACUUCAAAAGGAUGGAAGAAGAAUGGCUCGUAAUGUGGUUGGCUGAUACUGAACAGAUACACUGUUCUUGCAAAGAAUUUGAGUCCUCAGGAAUAUUAUGCAGACAUGCUCUUCGUGUAUUUGUGUUGAAGAAUUACUUUCAGUUGCCUGACAACUACUAUUUAAGUCGAUGGAGACGGGAAUGCGCUUUACUUGUUGAUGAUGAUCAUAAUAAUCAAAGUACUGGUGGGGAAUGGUUUCAAGAAUACCAUUCCCUAGCUGAAACUUUAUUUUCAGAAUCAUCAAUUACUAGGGAGCGAUCUCACUAUGUUCGCAAAGAAUUGACAAAAGAAUUAACUAGGAUUCUUGAUGAAGUUAGAAAUUUACCCGAGACUGAUGUGACCAGCAUGAACAUGACUGUUUCGCCAACCGGCUAGUUUGAUGAGAUGAAAUGCAAGUUUGUAACCACUGGACUCGUGAUAAUUCAAUGGAAAGAAGUUGCAAAGUAAAGAAUACUCAGAGUGGAAAUGCCAAAAACACUUUCAGCUUAUUUUACUUAGACAUUGAGAUAUGAUUUGUUGCUCAAGUGUUAGCAGCUUUGGUUUCCCCUUGAUUGAUAAGCAGGCUUCAAAGAAAGUUCAUGAUGCAGAAGGGUUUUACUGAUGGGCGUGCUCUAUGCAGUUGAUGUCAUUGCUUAAGUGCAUGUUUGGAAUCUACAUUUAGGUAUCAAAAUCAUGUUAAUCAAUAAGCUACAAUAUGAAGCUUCUUUGCUAACGUGUGAUUUGGAGUGUUAGUCCAACACACAUUCAAACAUGUUCUAAGUUGACAAUGCCUUGGCAAUUCAUUUGGUUAAUAGAAAGAUGAAAGUAAAUAUUGUUAUUAGCACAGGUCAGUAUGAAGUAAAAUCUGGUUACUUUGUGAAAUUGAGUCAUGUACCUUCUCAUUGUAAGGAAAAUGUGGGAGCUUUAGCAACACAUUCUUUCACAUUUUCUUCAAACAUUCUUUUUUAUUGAUUAAAUUGAUGUUGCAUUUGUUGAAUCAU